AUGAGAGAAGUUAAAUUAAAGGUAAAUUUGAAAGGAAUAGUACAGGCGUACCAAGACAUUAACACUAAAUAUGAUUUAACUGAUGCAUUUUUAGGCAAUAAUUGGCUAUGUGAUCUGAGCAUGCUAAGGAAGAUCCUUGAUAGGAAUCUAGAAAUAGACGACAACGAGUACAGCGACAAAGAAAAAGAAGCUGUUCUAAAUAUAAUCAAGAAUCAGAUCUACUGGCACUUUAUGUAUGGUGAUUACAAGGUAAGGACUAUGUGCAAUUCGCAUUCUCAAUCAAGCUUUGGAGACAAUGCAUCACUUAAGUCUGAUAUUAUCCCCCAGAUUGAUCAGAUUAUGAAAUCAGAAGCAGCUAUGCACAGGCCAGGAAAUGAAAUACGCAUACAGGACAAAGCAGCAGAGAAUGCCGAUAGCACCAGUACAGAUCUAAGCACUAAAACAUACAUCUUUGAAGUCGGCGAUGUAAACUUAGAGAGUGUAAAACGCACUAUCACAGAGUCUCUGAAUAGCUAUAUUUUUUGCUUAGCUUCUAGUAAGGUAUUGUCAGAGGGAUUGAAAUAUUUUAAAAAAUAUUUGGUCAAUAAAGAAUACUACACGCUAGACGAGCUGUAUACCAUCCAAACCAAAGAGAAGGUGCCGCUCGUAGACUACGGGAUGAAUAUUAUUUAUGAAAACUACAAUGAAAUUUUUAAACUAUAUAGAACAAUUAAAAACAAAGAGAUUAGCUCUAAAACAAUGACUCUUUAUGUAGCUAAUGAGCUUUCGAAAAUGUUCUCCUCAGAGGAUCUAAAAAUAAUCUUCUCGAUUAGAAAGAAUUUAGAUCUGAUUAAAAAGGAAAAAUUACUGCACAACUACUUCAUUAGCAUAAUAGAGUACAUGAUGAAUAACACUACGCUCUUAAAAGCACAGGAUGGAGCUCCGUUGAAGCUAGACACUAACCUGCACAAUUUUGAUGUAAACUACAUACUCACUAGUGCAGGGCUUAAGAAACUAGUGAACACCAGGAUGGAUGAGCUGCGCAAUGAAAUAAAAGAAAAAACUAAAGCACUGGAAAAGAAGAAAGAACAGAAUAAAAAGAGCGAAAAUAGCCAGACAGAGCCCUGCACUGAUCCUCAGAAGAUCAAUGAAGAUGAAAAAGACAAAAUUGAUAUAAAAAUGCUAGAGUGGAAAUUGGCGAGAGAAGACAAACAAGACGAUGACAUCCAUGACCUUCUGACUAGCCUAAUAACCAUAUAUGAGCUGAAACCCGUCCAGAUAAAAUACUUAGUUAAGAAGGUAGAAGACUUUGAAAAAAUGCUGAACAUGAAGCUGGAAAAAGAAAAGAAAAUGCCAGACGAAGUGCUGGAAGAGAAAAAAGCAGCCGAAGAGUCGCUCAGAGAGUAUCAGACAGUAGAGAUAGGAGAGCCCAGAGAGGACGCGCCUAAGGAAGAAAAGUCCCUCCUAAAAAGAAUAAUAAGCCAGAAGGGGAUAGUUGGAACAAUGCUAUCUACCGCUGUUGUUUUAGCAGCAGCGCCAAGAAUGCUCACCAAUUACACAAAGGGCGGAACAAACAGACAUUCUGACAGUGAGAAUCUACUGAGCUUUGAAGACGCGCCGGCGUGCUACGAACAGCAGAUCAAUUAG